AGCUUCUCGGUCUCUGUCCUUGUUACCACGCAUGUUACCAAAGUGGAUUUUCCAGUCAUACGUAGAGCCUCAAUAAUUCUUACAAAACAAAGACGACUGGUUAUCCCCAAGCAUAAAUAUUUACCAACCAUUUAAAAACCGUCAAUGACGUUAUACCAUAUUACAAAAUGUGGCCUCUUGCGUUUGUAGUGUUGUUACUAGCCCCCAGUUACUCUCAAUCGCAAGAAACAGACACCUGCAAGUGUGUAUUUUACUACCUCUGUGUCAACGGCACCAUCGUCGUCGAUGGAAACGUGGACGGCCUCCUCGACGAAAGACUCGGCGAGGCAUGUGAUUGUAAGUGUCCAGACGGACAAGUCUGUUGUUCUCUCGGAAACGCAACGUCAAUCUUGCCACCCCCACCCACCACCUGCGGCCAACGAAACCCCGAUGGCGUAGGCCCGAAAUCCGGAAGCAACGACGAGGACGUCAACUUCGGGGAGUUCCCAUGGGCCAUCGACAUCCUCCUCGAGAACCGCGCCUUCAGGUGCGCGGGCUCUCUCAUCCACCCUGCGGUUGUCCUAACCGCCGCUCACUGCGUCCUCCGCAAGAAAACCUACAUAGCAAGAGCGGGGGAAUGGGACAACUCGGGGACCGGUGAGCUGCUCAAGCACCAGGACCUCCUGGUCGACUCGGUCAAAAUCCACGAGGAUUACAACCCUGCGGUGUACUACAACGACGUGGCUUUGUUGUUCCUAAAGGGGGCGUUUAAUUUGUCCGCGCAUAUACAGCCGGUGUGUCUGGCAGGGGCUGGUUUUAGUGGGAGUAGCGAACGGUGCUAUGUGGUGGGACGCGGGAAGGAUCAAAAUGGGCAAUAUAACCCCAUUCUUAAAAAAAUUGAUUUGCCGCUGGUGGAUAAAGCGUCUUGCGAAAAUAGUCUGAAACGGUCACCGAAAUUGGGGCACAAUUUUAAGCUUCAUGGUAGUUUCUUGUGUGCUGGAGGGGAGAAGGGGAAAGAUGCGUGUGUGGGAGAUGGGGGUGGGUCUUUGGUGUGUCCUAUUAGUGGAGAAGAGGAGAAGUUUGAGCAGGUUGGGAUUGUGGCCUGGGGGCUGGGGUGUCACCAAGAGAACACGCCAGCGGCUUACUCCAAUGUUCCAUUUUUGAGGGAAUGGGUUGAUAAGCAGAUGAAGGAGUGGGAUUUCGAUAAGAGCUCAUACACGUUUCCGAAGUAGACUUGACUGAGUAGUAAUAAUAAUGCACGAAGAAGAGUUGGGUGGAAGUAGGCUUUGCACGACAAAAAUGCUAUACAUUUUGUCGUCUAGUACAAUGUACACAAUAUUUUAAAUAAAAUUGUAUAAAGAA